AUGUCCUUCCGCGACUUCGUGUCCACGCAGCGGCCCGAGGCGCUCGAGACCGAGGCGGUCGACGCCCCGCAGAAGCCCGCCGCGCCGCCGGCCGCCUCGACGGCGCUGGCGAAGCUGCCCGCGGCGCGGAAGACGUCGAGCUUCCACAGCUUCGCGGCGCAGCGGUCGCAGCGAGCCGCCCCGGCGUCGACGUGGAUGCAGAGCGCCUGGGCCGACGAGCCCGAGCUCGACGAGGAGACGCGCAAGCUCAAGCACCGCCAGCUCGUCAUCGUGCCGGAGCCGCCGCCGCCGCCGCGCCGCGUCUUCGCGCGCGUGGCCGCGGAGGCCGCGGGCCUCUACGCGACCGUCGACGCCGAGGUCGCCGUCGCCGCGCUGCCCGAGGGCGCGCCCGUCGGGCGCGUCGAGGGCGGGCAACCGUCGGGCGGGCGGCCGUUCGCGUGCUGGGUCGACUGCGACGUCGUCGCCCACUGCGACGUCGACGAGCCGUCGGUGGCGGACUGGGCGCGGACGCGGCUCCUGGAGCUGGCCCUCUACGAGAAACGCUUCCGGCCCGAGGGCCGCGACGCGCCGGACGCCGCGUCGCGCCUCGCGGCCGCGCUCCGGAGGGACCCGGCGCUGCUGGAGGCGCUCGGCCGCGGCGCGCCGGCGGCGGAGACGGCGUUGCGCCUCGAGCACGGCGCCGGCCGGCCGGACCUGGCGCCGGCCUGGCAGAAGGGGUUCGUGGACGUGAGCCCCGCGCGCGUUUUGGUCUUCGGCGACGGCUCCGUGCUCGAUGUGGCCGCGAACGCGCGCGACGCGAGCAGGCCGGAGAUUUUACUCGAGGGGUCCGUGCUCGACUACCUCACGGGCGCCGCCGCGGCGGUCUUCCGCGAGGAGGGCGCCCAGCCCAUCGAGUUCCUCGGCGACGGCCGCACGCGGCACCACCCGGAGGCCGUCAAGCACGCGCUCGCCGAGGCCGCGCGCGAGGCGCCGCCGGAGCCCACGGACGCGGCCAAGGCCGAGGAGGGGCGCAUCGCCGAGGCGGGGAUCGAAGAGGCGGAGGAGUGA